AUGUCCCAAAGAGACAAACAAAUCAACCUCAUCAGUGAUAAUCUGACCUUGGCGUCGGGCCAUCCAUCCUCGGGAAUUUCGCCCUUUUCCAACACCCCGGCACUUUACGAUCCUUCCCACCUUCCGCCCGCUUCAAUCCAUUGCCCUUCUUUAUGGCCCUGGGCCUUUUUUGGAACGUUCAUCGAGAAAAGUUUCGGCUCCCAGCUACCCGCUCACAGAUUGUCUUUCCAGCUGUCUUCGCUUUUUUGUUAUGAAUUUGAAGCUGGAAUGUUGUUUAAGCUGGCUUUUAAUCAUCUUCAAAAAAAUUUACGCUUUGCGACUUCCACUAGUACUGAUGUCAUUGAAGAUCGAGUUUAUUUUGAAGAUUGAAUGAAACAGUAAUCAUGUUUCUUUUGUCAUUAAAAAGUUCAAACUUUAUUAUUGACUAUUUUUGAUGAAUGAGCUCAAAAAAGAUCAAAUGAAGGCCAGAAAGUUUUAAAAACCCAGCUAAAAAAAAUUAUAACUUCCAAAAAAAAAGUUUUGGGAAGUCAACCUAGGUUGAAUCGUUUCAAGACCCUCAAAAAUGGCGUUUUUUUCAUCCCGUUUUUUUUAAAAAUCGUUUUUUGUAUUGCAAAAAAUCGUUCGAGGCUUGAUUUUAAAGAUUUCUUCUGAUUAAAAUCUCAAUCUUCGAGAAAAAAAUGUCAUUACUGAUGAAAAAAAAUUUAAAGCUUUUUCUCUUUUUUUCUUAUUUAAAAAAAUUUAAAUACCGUGUUAUUCCGAUUUUUCUUCUCAAAUAUUUUUUUCAUCACUUCUAAAUUUGACAAUACAAUUAUAUUUCAAACACUUGUAACUCCGUGGAACAAGUGAUUCGAGUUGCGCCCGACUAAAAACGGUUCGCGCAAGAUGCUAGAUUUCAACUCGACUUUCGAGAAAUUUGUGCCAUUUCACAUUCUCUUUCAGCAAAAAAAUCGUGACUUUUUGGUUAUAAAACAUUCAUUUCCGUUUUUCCUGUUUCUUACAACAAUUUCUGACCCUUUUAUCCCACAUUUUAAUCGUUUCUCCCAUCAUUAUUCCUUCUUUUUUUCCUCGCUAACAUCAAUUUUUUGUGCCCCUCGUAAAUUCACACGUCGAGAAGCGAAAGAAUGGAGGAAAAAAAGCGGUCGGCUAAUCCAAUGAAGGGACAACUUCAAGGUUGAAAAUUAGGCCUGAAAUGCUCCACUUUCGCGCACCUUGCAGAUCAUAUCGGAUCCCCAUUCUGCGGUCGUUUUGGCCCCGUUUUUUAUUUUGCGCAACUCUUUUUUUUCGACAAUAUUGGGGCCGAUUUUUAACGGUUUCCGAGAGGCUUCAUGGGAUUUUAGCGAUUUUUAUUUGAUUCAUUAAAAAUUAUCUCGGGAUCUCACUCAGCUCUCCAAAAGAUUUUAGUCUUUUUUUAAAACAGUUUUCUGAAGUUUUUUUCAAGCUUUAAAAACAACCCGGAAAGCUUUUUCGCCCUCGUAUAUGCUUUUUUUCUUUUUAAAUUCCGAUCUUCAAAAAAAUGACAAAAAUAUUCCAUUAAUUCUUGAUGAACCCGUGGAAAACUUUGGAAAUUUCUUUGCCCAUUUUUAUACCAUCAAAAUUGAAGUGAGAAAGUGAAUUUCGCCCUUAUUUUUCGUAUACGAUUCUUUCGCGUCUUUUUUCAAAUUGAAAUCGAAACUUACCAUUUUUCAGGCGAGGCCAUGGGUCGCAAACUUGCCGUUUUCUUCUCGAUUUCGUCGCUUGCGAUGGUGGUUUCAGCAGCUGAGACGUGUUUAAGGUGAUUUCGAAUGAAGAAACUGAAGAAAAGCAAUUUUGUUCGAAGGAAAAUUGAUUUUUGAGAGAUUUUUCCGAUGAAAAGGAUUUAAUUACUGGAAAAACUCUCCUUCUCUUUGAAGACAGAGUUUCAAAACAAGAAUAGCAUUAUGUAGGGAAAAUUAUGAGAAGGAAUUGGAUAAAAUCGAAGCUUGCACAAAAAAUGAUGAUGCCGUGUUCAAUUUGAAUCCGCGAAAUGCAAAAUACCCGUUAGAGAAAGGAAAAGAUCACUAGAUUUUGGAGAGUCAGAGAUCAUUUUGCAUUUCGCGGAAUCAAAUUGAACACGGCAUGAAGCCUCGCAGAAAAUAUUCACUUUGCCACAAAGUUGCUCUAUGGAUAAAACUGUUUCCAAAAAAUUAUUUUUCAUUUUUCAAUACUUCUCAUCCUGUUUUUUUGUUUCUGUUGUUCUCAUGAAGUUUUUCGUUGUGAUAAAUACUUCAAAAAUUGGAAGAAGCUUAAUUUUCAGUUUGCAGAAGAAGAAAAAUGUAGUUUUUUUUAAAAAAUUUUCUUCCAUUUCAUUUUCUGACCUUUUAAACUAAUUUUAAACUUUUUCUCUUUCUACAGUUUGUCUUCUCAUUAAUAUCAUUCGUUUUCAGUCAACCCCAGUUGUUCGGAGUGAUAUUUGGCUCUGUCGGAGCUGCUUUUCUCAUUUGCGCCGUCAUCGCAGUUCUUUUAUGGAUCUGUUUGAGGAGAAGUCGUUAGUUUCGAAAAUUCUAGAUUUUUUUCUCAUGGAAAAAUUUAAGAAGAGGAGAAAAAGACGGAGGAAAAGUCGGCGUACGCCAACGCCGCCUGCGACGUCGAAGAUCGAGGCGUCGACGCCAAGAAAACUUCGCUUCGGAAUAAGGUUCGUUUAUGUUUUUUAUAUGAAAAAUUGGGAAAGAUCGAAAAAAAUUUGAGCAAAAAAAUUGAUCUUAUGUUUCAAAUAAAGUAGAAUGAAGGUUUCACAGUGCAACUUUAAUCGAUUUUUUUUUCUCGCUUUACCGUUUCAGGAGAAAGUUUUAAAAUUCGAAAAACGGAAAAAAAAAGUUUGGGUUUGCUCUUGCUGGUGAAUUUCCAUUUGAAAUCUAGAAACGUGAUUGAAUUUGAUACUUUGAAAAAUGGAAAAAGAUGAUCAAAACUGGCGCAAAAUGGGCUUUAUGAAUCACAACCUUUUUGAGAUAUCGUUGUGAAUUUUGAAGAAGAAAAAAAUAAAGGAAAAACAAUUUUUUUGAAAUAAAUCGUGAAAAUGUAGCUUUAAGAGUGUGAUUUUUUUCAGAUGACCAUGAUCGAUUCGUUCAAACUGCGCAAAAAGGGAGAAGACGUCGGAACGCAGAAGGCCUACUCCAUGGAGUACAUCAACGAGGUCAGUUUUUGUCUUGAAAAUUCCUUAAAACUUGUAAAAGAUGUUGUUUUUUUUUUCCAUAAAACCAAGUCUUUCCAAUUAAAAAAAAAUUUUCAGCCCAAAGUAUUAAAUUUUUUUUUGAAAAGAAGCGUGAUGAGUCAUCAAUUAUGACGCAGAGCAGUUCGAAAAGAUUUUUUGAGUUUGUUUUCGAAUUUUUUUUAGGAUUUUCAUUACUUCAAAAUAAGCCUAUUCUUUGAUUAAUGACCAGAAUUUUACAGUGUUUCAGUGCUUAUCUUUCUUUCUUUUUUACUGCUCUUUGAAAUUCGAUAAAAGUUUUAUGUUCAUUUUUCAGACUUACUGAGCUAUUUUUCUGUUUCUUGAUUUUUCUGAACAAUUGAAGUUACUUUUACGGUACAAUAGAAACGACUGGAUGUUUAUAAAUGUUCAAAAAGAUUAAUUUUUUUCAAAUUCAAGAGUUUUUUUUUCGAAAAGUGAAAAUUUUUUUGAGCUUUCAAGCAGAUUUUUGAGACCCUUAAAGCAAAUCCAGUAUGAAAAUAUUGUUGCUUCUAUAAAUAUUUUUGCUAUUUUUGGUCAAUCAAUCAGAAUUAUGGAUGAAUUUUUGCAGGUUGACGGGAAAGUAGGAGUUCAAUUGAGUGGAGAAGACAUUGGGGGACUCGGAUUCAAUAUUCAAGGAAAUAUGAACGAAGGGAUUUAUGUCAGGAAUCUUGUGCCGAAGGGAAUUGCCGAGGAGUGUGGAAAUAUUCUGAUCGGUUGGUAUUUUUGUCUAGAUUUUUUUCCAUUGAAAAAAAUGAAGAAAAAAAGUUGAAAAAAAGUUUUGGUUUUUUUAAGUUGUUUUUCGUAUGAAUUUUUUUGGCUUACAUGUUAAGGGUUUUUUUUUCUUGAUCGUACAUUUUUACAAUAGACUUGAAUUUCUCUGGGACCAAACAGACAACAAAUCGAACUUUAAAAUUUGAUAGAAAAAAACAUAGUUCAGGAAUACAGUUUUUUUCUUUAGACAAUUUUGAUUGAAAAAAAGGCAAAUUAAUAAUUUUUCAAGGCGAUCGAAUCAAAUCUCUGACGAUUAUGUUCGAAAAAUAUGGUCUACGAAGAUGCAGUCACAUUGUUAAGCUACGCUUCUCCUUAUAAGGUUGGUUUGGAUUCAAAAAAAGCUAAUUGAAAAUGUUAUAAUAUUUUUAAAAAAAUUUUGGAACAUCUCUUUAUGCACCAUUUUCAAAGACCCUUUAACACAACGCCGUUUCAAAUUCAUUAUAAAACGAACGAAAAUUCUUUGAAAUAUACUCCUGUGUCCUUUGGAAAAGAGUUGAAAAAACGUCCCCUAGUCAGAAAUUCUUGACUGCGAAAAUUCAACUUUCUUUUAAAAUAUUGAUUUAUUGAUUUUUUUAAAGGUGAAAUUGGAACUGGAGAGGAAAAUGGCGGAAAGCACGGGUGGCGAAGACAGUGACGACGGUGAUUUUUUUAGUUUGUUUUUUUCUCUGCGCCCUCCUCGUCUCUCGACGUCUCUCUCAUGUAGACGUGCUAUUUUCCUUUUUCUCUGACCUCGACAGUGAGGGAACAGAGAGACGCAGACACUUGAGAACUGUCAAGUCGCGAGGAAUGGGCUAUAUAAUAUGUGUGGCACGACUUGAAAUUUCACCGAACGACAUUCCGCUGUUGCGCUGCGUGCGGUCGCGAAGCGGUUUUCGAAUCUAGGUCACGUUUUGAAUUGAUUUUCAUUGCUGUUGAAGCACAGGAAAGUAGAGUACCUUAAUAAAAGGAAAAAAAAUUGAAAGCGCGACCAAGGUUCGCAAAGGCACGCAGCGGCACAGCGGAAUGUCGUUUGGUGAAAUUCCAAAUCGCGGUACACAGGCUAUACCAAAGAAAAAAAUUUGAAGGAAAAACUUAUUUUUAAUAUAAGAAGGACAAUUUAUAGACAAAGACGUUCGGUAUCAUCCCCUGUUCAGGAGCAACACCAUGACCCACGUUCAUUUCAAUCCUCUUGGGUGAGAUUUUCUUAUUAUUUCCCAUUCGAAUUCCUUUUUUUUUGGCACAAAUUUGUUCUGUUUUAUAAGCGAAAAGUUUUUCAUACUGGACUUGCUUAAGGGUUCUCAAAAAACUGCUUGAAAUCUCACAGAAAUGUCCCUUUUCGAGAAAAAAAAGCCAUUUUUUGCGUAUCAAAACGAGCCACGAUAGAAUUUUCAGUUGCUAAAUUUUAAAUUUUGAGUUUUUGUUUGGCUGUUCCGACCUUAACCGAGAAAAGUUAUUCCGCAUGGAGCGUCAUGAUUCUAUAGUCCAUUCCGCGCCAAGUUGUCACGAUUUUCAUUUUCAUCUGAUCUACAGAACCCUUCCGGAAAUCUUCCCUUUGAUGCGCGCUGCCUGCUUUUAUGUAUGUGCCUUUAAUGGAAAUUUGUGCUGCACGCAUCGAAGCGAAGGGUUCUAGAGCUCGAAAGAAAAUAAAUAUCGAGAAGAUUUGGCACCAAACGAGCUCUAUUCAUCUGCCAAAAAUCGGUUCUAGAUCAGAGCGCAAACCGGCGCCUGUCGGGCGCUUGGAAAGAACUGCUCGCUUCUGACCUAUUGCAACCCAUUUAGCGGACUAAACUACAGUAGCCAAGCGUUUCAACACAAGAAAAUUCGAUUGUAAAAAGAAAUUAUUCGAAUUAAAGAUCAGCAACAGUCGAAUCGCCGAAACCAGCGAGGUCGGCUUCCGCGGAAACGACUCAAAAACACGAGUUGCCGAGAAAAUCAGGUUUUUUUCCCUGAAAAAUAAAAUAAAUUAGUUGAUAAAACCUUAGAAAUUCAAAUGUCAAAAAAAGAAUUUUCCAGAAUCGACCAAAGUUGCCGAGCCCGACUCAACUAUCACCGACUUGUCCAGUUCUGAAAAAAGCGGUGAGUUAAAAAAGAUUUCAAGCAGGGUUUCCGGUUUCGAUGCAAUUAAAUCUGCUUUCUUUGAAAAAUUGAUCUCACUUUUCACAAGGUCAAAGAGAUUUUACGAAUUUUCCCACCUUUGCUCUUCAUUUUUCAAUUGGAAAAGUUGAUUUACUUUCUAAAAAAGUUAUUCAGUACAAAAAUUCAGCAAAUUUACCUCAUUGAAUCAAGAAACGAGUAUGUGGAGAGAAGAGAGUUGAGGAAUGGUCAAACUUUUUCAAAUCCUGGGCAUUUCAUGGGCAAACUUCAAAAGGAACUUUUGGAAAAAAGGCCUCAAAGGCGCCUUAUUUCUAGCUUUUUUUUCUGUUUUUUUUUAAAUUAAAUUCAGUACUACUUCACUGUGGUUGAACAUCAUUCUUGUCAAAACCACCUCUCUGUCAAAAAAAACUUGAUUUAAUACCGUUUUUCGAAAAUUCGUAAGUCUAACUUUCUUCCUAGCAUGAAUAGACUAGUUUAAAAGGCCGAUGAUCCUUCCUCCCACUUAUUUUGAAGUCAUUACCAACUCCUGAGGUAAAAGUUAGUUUUCCUUGUCGCCACAGCUUAGAAAUCUUUUUUUCUCGGUUUUUUUGAUCAUUUUUUGUUAGCCAACCCCUUAUGGAGAAAUUGAACUUUGUACUUUAUCAUGAACCCCUCUUACUAGGGUAUGGUCUCCCCUGAACAUCGAGAUGAAAAUUGAGACUAAGUGAUUGAUUUCUACUCAUUCCUGAUCAGUAAAAAUUAGGAAAGACAAAUUGAAUAUUCCAGGAGCCGACGCAGACGCCUCGCAGAUGGAGAGCAGCGACUACGCCUCGGACAACACUUCAGAAUAUCGGGAGAGCGAAACCGACGGCGCCGCCAGCGACAAGACCAUAUCUACCCAGAAAACGCUCAGCGAUCGGAUUGAAGUAAUGAAAAUACCAUUUGCCGGAAAUUGAACCAGUCUGUAGUGUCUGUACCCUCUUGAUCUCUCAAUUUUUAUUAUUUUGGUGGGAGAAUUUGAUUGGUUGGCCUGGGACCAAGAACCGGCUCUCUAUGCGCCUUUAAUAAGAGCCCCAUUUCAGGACUCAUUUGUCCAUUUUUGCAUUUGCAUCAAGCUUCCAUUGCCUUCAUUUUCUAAGCUUCCAGAUUUUCUUCAACACGAAAUUUGAAAGGAAAUGAAGUAAGUCGUGGAAUAGAGCUCUUAUUAAAGGCGCAUGGGGUUCCGCUGCGAUCCACUUUCACCGCGCAAGUGAAAUCGUCAGUUCACAGUCUCAAGCCAGUCGUGAAUAGUCAUUUUUUUACAAGAUAAUGUGAAGAUUGGUAAGAGUGAAGCGCUGCGUACGCGGUGCGGAUUCAUGGGGGAAGGGGGAUGAUCUUUGAAUUCAAACAGAAGCUACCUUUUUGCAUAGUUUUUUUCGAUAGUUAAUAGCUCUCAGAAUAAUGAUUGAACGACUAUGAAAAUAGGAUAAAAAAUAUUCUAAAACAAAUCAAGUUUCCCGCCGAAAGCCGUGCCGCAUACGCGACGCAUUCAUUCGCUCAAAACACCAAAGAGAACGGAAAUCCAUUGAUUUUCUUCUGAACUUCAGAUAACCGACAUCAUUUUCGACACGAUCAAGUCUCCAACCCCGCCGCCACACAAAAAAUUGGAACAUUGUACUGAACUGCCGCCCAAACAGAAGAAAGUCAUACACAGGGUAGAAAAAUCAGAAAGAUCGGAACCCUGAAAAUCCUAUUUUUCCAGUCUCCAUCGCCUAAAGUCGCUCACAAGCCACCGCCAUCUCCAAAAGUCAACAGGGCGACGAGUCCUCAGAAACAAGUGACGGUAAUAAAUUUAGAAAAUCUCAAAAAAAUUUUCUGAAAACAAUGAUAUAAGUUUGUAAAAAAUAUUCAAGUUUUUCAGAUUAUUUUUAGGGUUAUUUUUUUGCUUUUUCAACUUGAAUUAUUAGGCCAGUUAAAAAAAUCCGUUACUCAAAGAAUAAAUUAUCUUACAUGCCGAAAAAAACAUAUGCUUCUAUUUUACGAAAUAAGUUUGCGUAAACGUGACAAAAAAAUCGUCGUUCUCAUGAAUUUUCGUCCACUUUUUUUCAACCCGUCUAAUUUUUUUCAACAAUUUUUCCGACUGAAUUGGAAUCUUCGAAAAAGUAGGUCUUUCAUUGACCUUUUCUCAAUGAUUUAUAUCGAAAAUAAAUUCUUUUUCGCGUUUUAAGGAAAUCGUAACAUUAAAGAAAUUGUAACUUUUCUGGAAAAUAUCGAAAUUUUGCCGAAAAAACUGUAUAAAAUGUGUUUUCUUGACUCAACCCUUAAUCUCAAUAUCCAUAAGCCUUAAUUAGGAAAUAUCCCACUUAUUCACGUAAAAAUUACAGGUAGAAGAUUCGACUCAAACAGUUCCAAAGCCGGUUCCCAUCUCCGUAGCCGUACCAACCCAAACUGAAGCCACACUCCAAGAAGCGCCGAUCCCACCGCCCAUCAGCUCGAUUCCAGUCCGGAACGAAGUUCAGAAACCAGCAAAAUCCACGCCGACACCUCCGAAAGCACCAGAAAUCACAGAGGCUCGGGUAUCUCGGAUACCGAAACGGGCAGAAAGCAUCAAGACGCCGAUCGUCGAGCGGAAGUUGCCCAGUUUGCCCAAGAGCAUCACCCAGAGGAGUCACAGUGCUGAUAAGGUUGGUUUUGGGGGUGGGGUAACCUGGCUUGAGAUUAGAAGGAGAAAAGCUGAAUUCCAAAAUCCUUUUCCUGAUUUUUUGACCGAAGAAGUUCGUCUCCAUGAAAGAUUUCUAGUUCUCGUAUCGAUUUUGAAAAAUAGGAAAUUUUCAAAAAUCAAUUUUUCGGGGUCACAUAAAUACAUGACUUUUUAGCCGAAUGAGAAAAUGGAAAAAAAAACUUUUUUUGAAAGUUUUCCAUGGGCUUAGGAAAACCUAAGAAGCGUUUUUCUAAGUUUCUGAGAAUUUUUAGUACUUUACUUUUUUUCAGCUUAUCAGGAAUAUAUUUACUAAAUCAAGCGGCGAAAAAAAUAUAUAUCAAAUUUUCAUGUCACAUCAUUUUUAUGGACCUUUUGUAACACUAAGAACAAAUGCCAGGUUAAAAGCGACAUCGCUGGUAGUACAUUGACGAUAUCGCAAAAGUUCUGCUUUGUGGCGCCGUUUGCAUUUUUCUCGGCGCGACUUCGCAUUUUAAAAAAUUUCAAUUUUUUUUUGAGUGCGGGAAAAAUGCGAUAUCGCGCCUAGAAAAAUGCGAGUCUGGCGCGGGGAAAAAGCAUUUGCGAGGUUGUCAAUGUGAUUCCCAACUUAGCAGAGCGACAACGUCUGGAGCCGGCUGUACCUCGAGAAGAAGGGCCAACUGAGAAAAACCCGCGAUCCUCUGGCGUCGCCGACUCCUUCGGGACAGCCGUCGCCAGCCGCGCCCGCGACAUCGCCGCAGCCCCCGCGGUCGCAGUCUUCCAAUCCUCGCGUCUCCGAAGACAAGUUCGCGACAUCGCUUCGAAACCCCCAUUUUGACUCCAGCUUAAGGUACGGAACGUUGAAUCGAGAGCGACGCGACAGAUUGGCCGCCAAUGACGCGGAACUCGAGCGACAACGUGAAGAACUGCGAAAACUGGGAAUUUUGUGA